UCUGUCUGCUGAUUACAGUCGCCCUUUAGACAAAUAACAAACUGUUAACACUUCCCUUUGCCUCUCUCUCUUAUCUCUUCUUUGUUACACUAGUCCUUCUAUGGGAGCAACUUCAAUCUUCCUUCAAGAUAACAUUGAAAUAUGUUGCUUCCAAUGGCAACUUCCUUCUCUCACUUUGACCAUGGGCCUGCUCUCAACAAUCUCCGUCACUUCUUCAUGAACACGAGUUACAUUGAAAGGCAUCCUGGACUUUCUUCUAAACAAUCUUCACUGUCUUGUUUUAAUGCUCAAAAGUUUUUCCAAAAGACUUAUAGAACACAAUUAAAAUUCAAGCAACAGCGACAUCAUCUACAAUAUCAUUCCCAGAAUCAAGCAGAUUACUCUGACAAUAUCUACAGUGAGGAAAGAGAAGAGGAUGUUUCAAGAGCAACCUUGAUAUGGAGGGCGAUUAAGUUGCCUAUUUAUUCUGUUGCCUUGGUUCCACUCACAGUAGGCGCUGCAGCUGCUUAUUUACAGACAGGCAUACUUUCAGCCAGGCGUUAUUUUGUUCUCUUGGUUUCUUCUGUUCUUAUCAUAACUUGGCUCAAUUUAAGCAAUGAUGUUUAUGAUUUCGAUACAGGAGCGGAUAAGAAUAAGAAAGAAUCAGUUGUGAAUUUGGUUGGAAGCCGUGUAUGGACCCUUCUCGCUGCGUACUCACUUCUUGUCCUUGGCUUCAUCGGGUUGACAUGGACAUCUCUAGACGUAGGAAACACGCCCUCUAUAUUAUUGCUGACUUCUGCAAUUAUUUGUGGUUAUAUAUAUCAGUGCCCACCAUUUCGGUUAAGUUAUCAAGGACUGGGAGAGCCUUUAUGCUUUGCUGCCUUUGGCCCAUUUGCAACUACUGCUUUUUACUUAUUGCUGGGGAGCACAAGUGAGAUUCACAAUGUUCCCUUCACUGGCGCCAUUCUUUCAGUGUCACUCCUUGUUGGCCUGACAACCACCCUGAUUCUUUUUUGUAGUCACUUUCAUCAGGUUGAAGGAGAUAGGGCCGUUGGAAAAAUGUCCCCUUUGGUCAGGCUGGGCACUGAAAGAGGCUCAGUAGUAGUGAAAGUGGCAGUCCAGACACUCUACUCCCUUACCUUUGCUCUUGGUCUAAGUAGAGCUCUUCCUUGGACUUGCAUUUUUCUCUGUGCCAUGACCUUACCUAUGGGGAAAUUAGUAGUCAACUAUGUGCAAGAGAACCACAAGGACAAGGAGAAGAUCUUCAUGGCAAAGUAUUACUGUGUACGAUUACACGGUUUAUUUGGAGCUGCCUUGGCUACUGGACUGGUGGCAGCUAGAAUGCUCAUAAAGAUUUGGUAGAUUCCUCUUAACUUGAAUGAGUUGAAGGAUGUGAGCAAUUCAACUUAGAACAUUAGUGAAGUAACAAGGUAGGUGGUUGGGUGUUUUCAGCAAUUAUUCUAUGUAUGAAUAAAGGCUCAUAUGUCAGUCAUAUGUUGCAUCUCUUUUGUGCAGUAAUGUAUUCAUUUUUUUUAUUUAAA